GGCUAAUAGGAAAGCAGUGCGUGUUGUCUUUGGUUAGGCUCUUCACAGAGUUUCUAUUUAAAACAUUACAGGGGAAUUAUCCGCCUGUCCGCAGCUCAGCGCGGACCUAUCAUCCACCUUCGUCAGCGAAGGUUGGUCCGUCCUCGGCUCUGCCACCAGCAGCAGCAGCAGCAGCGGCGCACAGGAGGGAGGGUCAACAUGGCGUCCGAGGAGGAGAGCUCCAACGGCCCUGUGAAGAAGUCCAUGCGGGAGAAGGCCAUAGAGAGGCGCAGCGUCAACAAGGAGCACAACAGCAACUUCAAAGCGGGCUAUGUACCCAUAGAAGAAGAGCGUCUUCAUAAGACGGGGCUGAGGGGACGCAAGGGGAACAUGGCUGUGUGCAUCAUUGUGCUCCUCUUCCUUCUCGCCUUGAUUAAUCUCAUUAUCACGCUGGUGAUAUGGACGGUGAUCCGGAUCGGCCCGAACGGCUGCGACAGCAUGGAGUUCCACGAGAGCGGCCUGCUGCGCUUCAAGCAGAAAGCCGACAUGGGAGUCGUCCACCCUUUGCACAAGAGCACGGUGGGAGGCCGCAAGGACCAGGACCUGGUCAUCGUGGGUAACAACAAUCCGGUCGUGUUCCAGCAAGGCAACACUAAGCUGAGUGUGGAAAAGGACAAGACGUCUGUCGUCAGCGACGUGGGCAUAUCCUUCACGGACCCUCGCACGCAGUCAACGUUCUUCAGCACAGACUUUGAAAACCACGAGUUCCACCUGCCCAAAGGGGUCAAAGUCCUCAGCGUGAAAAAGGCGUCCACUGAAAGGAUCACCAGCAGCGCAGCGUCUGAUCUGAACAUCAAGGGAGACAGCAAGGCCAUCAUUCGCGGCAAUGAGGGCGUGAACAUCAUGGGCCGCACCGUAGAGUUUAAAAUGGGCGGGGACAUCGAGCUCAGGGCUGAGAACAGUAUCGUGCUCAAUGGGUCGGUCAUGUUCAACGCUACACGCAUUCCCAGCUCCACAGACGUGACCUUCAACGACGGCCUGGAGAGGUACAAGCUCUGCAUGUGCGAAGACGGGACGUUGUUCCGCGUUCUGGUGAAGUUUCCGAACAUGGGCUGCCAGAUCUCAGACAACCCGUGCGGGAGACCUCACUAGCCCCGCCUGGCCCAACCGGUCGGUCCGCACGGAAAGCCCAACCAACCUGGUUUUGGUCCGACGCCGAAAACUGAGUUUACCAGACAGCUGAGGAGAGCUGUGUCUGCACUGUUACAAAUCAUCGCCCUCCGCCCAAAGAUAUUACUGUAGACGGUUAAAAAAAAACGAACGUGGCGUUUUAUUCUUAGAUUUGUCCACCUCUAUGCUAAAUUCACAAAAACUAUUCUAAACAAUGCUUCACGAUGAAGGGUGAUGCCACGGUUUACCCUGCUCGUUUGUGGCAAUCAGAAACUGCAGUAUUUAUUUUCUGCGUCAUCAGACGUUAAUUCACAAAAGGGUUUGUCUUAAAAGUUUUGACCGGCUUCAUUGAGACGUGAUAAUUAUGACAAUAGUGCUACUUAAACAAUGUGCAGAAGCCGAGCUCGCCGCCAUUAUGUAAGACAGGCUGUUGUUGUCCUCUGUAGUGCUCAGUGAGAGAACUUCUCUUUCUGCACCCGUUCAGCUGUUUUUGAUGCACGUGCCAACGGAUUUAAAGGGAUGGACUGUAAUUUAUAUCGUACCUGGAUUGCAGAGCUUUUCUACUGCAAACAAAGCCAAAUUGUAAAACAGUGAGAGCGUGCGCUAAGCUACGGUGCGGAUGAAGCGCCUUGCAAAAGUAUUCAUACCAGUUGAACUUUUCACACUUAUCACCUUACAACUGCAAACCUUAAUGGACCUCGUUAGGACUUUAUGGGAUAGUUUGAAAUACCUUAGCAAUACCUAGUAGAACUGCUGUUCACUACAAGUACAGCUGUGUGCCUUCACGGGGUUUGUUUCCACCAGCGUGAGACUGAAUCUUUUGCCCGUUCUUCUUUGCAAAACAGCUCAAGCUCAGUCAGAUUGGAUAGAGAUUCUCUGUUAGAUUAGGCUGUGAACAAAAGAUUUUCACCGGUAUAUGCAGUGUUGUUAUUGUUGCUUUUUUUUUUUUUGCCAGAAACUGCAUUUUGCAUAUAGACCAAAAAGUUCACUUUAGGUCUCAUCUGACCAGAUCGCCUGCUUCCUCAUGUUAACUGUGUCCUUGUGGCACUCUGCGAACAGCACAUAAAGUCUAGACUUGCCAAGUGCACUCCUAGCUGGCUCUAAUUACUGCUUCAAUGACAUCUGAAGCUGACUUGUUGGUACUGGACUUUAUUUGAGAUUUGUAUUUGGAAAAUCAAUAUCAUCUAUUGUUUUCCUUCCGCUUCACAAUUAUCUGCUACUGUGCCUCAGGACAAGUCUAUCAAAUAGAAUCCCAGUAAGAUACAUGGAGGUUUGUGGUCGGGACAUGACAGGAAGUGGAAGGCUCAGCCGGCGGGAAUACUUUUGCAAGGAGCUGUAAAAUGCUAACUUCUUGACAAGCUAAGAGAGUUGAAAGUGGAAGCUCGAUGGAGUGGUUUGAAUUUUGUGCAAUAUAUUAUAAAAAGUUGAACCUUUGCUUUGGAUUUCUGUGCCCUGCUCUGCAGCAGUAUUGAUGAUGCUGAAACAGUUUGGAGCAGUUUGCAGACUUGUUGCUUUGGGUGAGAAAUAACAGUUUAUCAUGUUUUGAAAAAAAUAAAUAAAAUU